AUGGGGGAGGUUGGCGAUGCGUCGGCGUUUCGGUUUUACCACCCAGCCUCGCGCCGCGUCCUGUCCUCCCAGGACGUCACCUUUGACGAGUCGGUUUGCUUCUACCGUCUCUACCUCCACCGCACUACCCCUGUCCCCCCCCUCGCCACUCUUCCUCGCUCCAGGUCCUCCCUCAGUAGACCCCCUCCCCCCACAGGGUCCUGCUCCCUCAAGUGUGUCUUAGCUGAAGGGGGUGACGUUGCUGCUGACGACACGCGACCACUCGCCGCUGGCUGCUUGGAGACCCCUCCUAGUUUUCCACCUCGCCUGUCUUCGCCGCCUCUGGAGCCUGUUGCUGUAGACUCUGGUGCUGCUCGGGGUGGUGACACUGGGGGUGCGGACGGUGCGGGUGGUGACUCUAGCGGCGCUGGUUCUGGGGGUGGCCAGCAGCAGCUGACUGGUAGACCCAAAGCUCUCUCGCCACAGCAGCUUCGCGAGUGGGUUACUCGGAGGUUCUGCUCUGGUGGAAAUGCUGGAGGCGCUGGUGCUGGAGCUCAUGCGACUGACGCUACUGGUGGUACUGGUGCUGGAGGCGCUGGAGCUUUAGGUACUGGAGGUGCACGAGGAGCCGAGGCUGGAGAUACUGGUACUGGAGGUACUAGAGGUACUGGAGGUGCUUGUGCUGGAGGUGCUGUCGGUGCUGUACGUCCUGGUGCUGAAGCUACUGGAGCUAUCGGUGCUGGAGGCACUGGAGUUGAAGGUCCUGGUACAGGAGGCACUAGUCGCGGAGCUGGAGGCGCUGGAGGCGCUGAGACUGGAGAUACUGGCGCUGGAGGUGCUGAAGGCGCUGGAGCUAUAGGUUCUGGAGCUGGCGGUGAUGGUGCUGGAGGCGCUGGAGCUGGAGGCCCUAGUACUGGCGGUGCUGGUGCUGGAGGCGCUGAACCUGGACGUACUCGUGCUGGAGGCACCAGAGUUGGAGGUACUGGAGGUGCUGGAGGCGCUGGGCCUGGAGGUACUGGAGGUACUAGAGGCACUGGAGCUGUAGGUACUGGUGCUGGAGGUGCUGGAGGUACUGGAGCUAGAGGUGCGGGAGGUGGUGGUGCUGGAGGUACUGGAGCUGGAGGCUCUGGUACUGUGGGUACUGGACAACGGCGACCGUUUUUCUAG